GAAACGCUCUUGAGAGGCGACGCAGCGCUCAGUCUGAAUGCAGUUCAAAACGGAGAAGAGAAACGCUCUUGAGAGGCGACGCAGCGCUCAGUCUGAAUUCAAAACGGAGAAGAGGAACGCUCUUGUGGACUUUUUUAACGAGUACUUUCGUGAGUUUAUUUACACAUUUACUCAUUUAUUUAUAUUUACAUGAUUUUUUGUCGUGGCAUGUCGGUUCCGUUGUUACGAGCUCGAUUGGACUAUAUUGUAUGAGCUGAGAAGGAAGGAUUGGUUCCGUUGAUGCGUAUCUGGGCUGACGUCGAUCACUGCCCGGCAGCAGCGGUCUCUUUCCGGAAUGGUUACGGCUGCAUGCUCUACGGUUUAGAUAAAGUAUCAAGACCUGCUGUGUGUCAGUCAGGGAGGUGAGCAGCGUGUUGACACGAUGACACAACUACAACAGAGGAGAUGCAGUCUACAAACCUUACUGAAUACCAGACUGGUGGAGCUACGCAAGGUCUGUCUGCAAGAGGCGGAGCUGACAGGAGAAGUUCCUGGUGACUUCCCCCUGGAGACCGGGGAGAGACGUCCCUACGUACGCCGAAGAGUCAGAUCCUACACGAUCAUAAAAACAGAGGAGGAGGAAAUGUGUCAGAGGAAGCCUAAGAAGACUUUGUUCAGCAGUGGCCUGAGACAACAUGUAGACUCUGAUCAGCACCAAAUCCACACCAAGAGGACUGUACACAGAGGAUGUCACACAGACGACACUGUGAACUCAGAGAGCAGCUCCAUGUCUGACUCUACAGGGGACCGUGACAAUGAUGAGCGUUCUCCUGUUGAGAUCUAUUACACGUUGAGGACCACAACACCACACAACUCACUGGUCUACACUUCCAGCCCGCGUCGGACUCUUCCAAGAAGUAUUUCCAACGUGGAGGGAACGAGUGCACCUGCCACACAACUCCUCGCAUGGAACGGAUCCACUACUGUCCGCAACUACAUCAGUUCAGAUAUAUCCAGUGGGACCAAGCAGUGGUCGACCCCAGUUGUUCUUCCACAGUCUCUGGACGGCGGCUCUUCAUCUGGCCCUUCCUCUGGGUCUUCUUCUGGCCUCUCCUCUGGCCCCUCCUCUGACCCCUCAUCUGGUCCCUCCUCUGGCCCCUCCUCUGGCCCCUCCUCUGAUCCCUCCUCUGGCCCCUCCUCUGAUCCCUCCUCUGAUCCCUCCUCUGGCCCCUCCUCUAGCCCCUCAUCUGGCCCCUCAUCUGGUCCCUCCUCUGGUCCCUCCUCUGGUCCCUCAUCUGGUCCCUCAUCUGGCCCCUCAUCUGGCCCCUCAUCUGGCCCCUCAUCUGGUCCUUCCUCUGGCCCCUAUGAGAGAGGAGGCAGCUGCCCAUAUAGCAACCAGCAACGUAGCAGCAGCUCAGAGGCACUACUGGACCGGACCACAUCCUGCAACGAGGGUCAAGUUCAGGGUCAAAGGUCAAGAGGCAUGCCCUUCAGAGGGGGACCCCCGUACGAGAGUUCCGAGGCGCUGACGGACGGUCAUCUGAGGCAGCUGAACGUCCAGAAGUCCAGCCCAGAGAGACAGCUGGUGAAUGGACACGGGGUGGAGCACAACAGGCUGGUUGGUCGAGUGUCUGUAGGGGUGGGGGGUCGGGGACGAGGAGACAGAGGAGGUUACGGUGAUAUCCUGAUGGACUAUGUGUGGUGGAAGCAACAGAGGCAGGUUGAACAAGUCCACGGCAAUGGGAAGUUCCCCUCCUCUGUCCCUGCAUCUUCUCUUUCUCACUUCAAUGGUUACCCCCACCAUCACCCCCAGCCGCAGGGGCAUCUCUCAGGACCCCAGCCCCUGCAUCUCUCCGAGGGACCUCCAGCCUACAGAAGUCCCCUGAUGCUCCGGGGGAAGCCUGGCGAGCCACGUCAGGUCAAGGUGACCCGCACCAAGUCCUGUGGUCCCUUCAAUCCCCUCCAGCAACACCAGCAGGAGGCUGUUCUCUCCUCCUCCUCCUCCUGCUCCUUUGAUCCUCCUCUCCCUCCCUCCUCCUCCUCCUCAACCGGGACCUCCACAGCUGCCCUGUACCCUCACCAGGGAUUUGGGGUUGAGUCCCACCAGCACCAGUUGGGUUCUGGAUCAGGACCCAGUCCCGAUCUCAACCAUAACCACCGUCCGAGACCACCCCUGUACUCUGACUCCAUCACCCCAGACGACCCCACCCGUAGCCUGCACAAGGCCCUGGCUCUGGAGGGCCUGAGGGACUGGUACCUGAGGAAUAACCUGGGGGGGUUGGGGGUGGGGGGAAGGUACGUACCACAAACUCCUUGCACGAGUCACACCCUCACCAGCUCCCACACCAGCCCCAGACCUUCCAGGGACAUCCACUACAUGGCAGGUUGGUCUGUAGAGUUGUCUCCGUACCAAGACCUCUUCCCAUCCCAGAUGCAGGAGCUGACCCUGAAAGAACACAGAUAACACAACAAACAUGUUACUGACUUAUUAGUGCCAGGCACAUCAACAGAUUUGUUCACAUAGUCGUCUCAGAGACUGGCCCAAACCGUUCUUAACCGCUAGGCUACCUGUAUGGAAGACAUUUAUUUACACAAUAUUUCAUUUGUCUUUUUUUUCUGCACAUUUUUGGGAGACAAUAACAAGGUGGGAUCUGUUUGUGUCUGUAAAAUGUUGGUGGAAACGCCUUUAUGGUCAAAUAUUGAUGUAAUAACCAUCACAUUGAAGGAAACUUGGCAUCUUGAUGCUCCUUUCUAAUAAAUAUCGAGGGUCUGAUUCUGGUGACGUGAUGAUCGAUGCUUGACUGCCGUUUGACAAGUAAAAUGAUCUGUCUCUUAUCCAUAAUAAUCGUAUCAUGUAGCCAGCCUACCCGCUCUGUGUCUGCCAGCUGUUGGCUUGACGGCACGUGCCAAGACCAGAAUGGGCACAUUUACUAUAUAAUGCAACAUUUAAUGCA